AUGCCACCAAAAACAAAGAAAAAAAACACGGCACACCGAGUACCAUGUGUCUGCCGCGCAUUCGAUUGUUGCCUUGCUCAAUACGUUGACGCCGACGGGAUUACUCGCCCAGGAGUGGAGGUCUUACCUGAAACUCUUGCCGCUCAUGAACUGGCCGAUAGAGAAGCCGAAGCCACCGCCAGUCUUUCCAAUACCUCAUAUCCUCGUGAUUUGGGAAGCCAUACGACUGGUCAAGAUACCCUUGUCAGUGGCCGUCUUUUGUUUGUCAAGGACAAUCGGCCGAACGUGACUGCUUACUACUCAGGAGCACAAGCUUCACUAGACGACGAACCCGAAGAUGCCUCACCCUUGCCAAAAACUUGCUUGGCUGCAAUGGAAGCCAAGGCAGCAGGUGUUGAGGUAUAUAAGUGUGGUUCUGGUCAAUGGAAGAUAUAA